AUGCACUCCACUUUUCAGUGUGUGCGCUAUCCAGGCUGUAAACAUGGCACAUGCAGACAGCCAAACCAGUGUAUAUGUGACGAUGGCUGGGGUGGUCAUUUCUGCAAUGAAGAUUUGAAUUACUGUACGCGACACAGGCCAUGCAAGAAUAGCGCGACGUGCAGGAAUACAGGACAUGGACAGUACACGUGCGAGUGCCUGGAUGGAUUCACUGGGACAAACUGCGAAACUCGCCUUGAGAACUGCUCAUUACAGCCGUGCCUAAACGGAGCCACAUGCAUUGAUGUGCGUGGAAAUAACUAUACUUGCAUAUGUCAGUGGGGUUACACAGGCCGAUAUUGUCAGAUCCGCGCCAGUUCGUGUUCGGAUAAUCCAUGCCAGAAUGAUGCGAUUUGUACUGAAAUUGGUCCUGGGUCUUUCCUCUGCAAUUGCCGAGCUGGUUGGAGGGGUACCAACUGUGACAUCGAAAUCAGACCAUGUGAUGGAAUUCACUGUUUUAACGGUGGGUCAAUUUUUUUUUUCGAUCCAGUAGUUACGAGGUUUUUUCUUUCGACUUUCACUAUUCAAAAACAGCUCAUGUGGUCUGCUGGUAAUACUAGAAAAUACAUGAUUUGUUCCCUUAGUCAGUUUCUUAUGGCCACAGGCUGA